AUUUGUUUUGUUUAUUGUUAUCUAAUUAACGAACUUUGUCAUUUUUUAAGAAAUUGUACUAAGAUUGUAAAACAACUUUUUCCAAUCAAUAGGUUAUGAAACUAUACCAUAUUUAAUCCGGUCUUGGAAGGAAAAAAACUAAUCCAUUACUUUAAUGGUCUCGAUAUAUGAUAAAAGUUGUAAAAUUUGAAAUAUGGUCAAGAUAUAGCAUAUAUAGUUGAUUUUAUUCAUGAUGGUGGAUAAUUGUUGACUGUUGGGGAUAUUGUUGAAGAGAAGCCGGUAGGAGAUAGCAGUCAUUGGAAGUACAAAGUAGAAAUAAAUAAAUUUAUUUAUUUUCUUUGUGCCAAUUAUUUAUGAAAGAAGUUAUUUGUAUUUUGCUUAGCUGUUAAUAUUAUCAAUAUUUCUUUCAGUUAUUUUCGUAAUUUUCCAUCAUGUGUAAUAGUCGAAAAUCAAUGGAAGAAUAUUACACAAUCAUUUAUAAGAAGCAGUAUUCUUUGUUCUGGGCUACAGUCAAUAUGGCAUGUAUGCUACUGACCCCAUAUAUCAUGUCAGUUACACGUUUGGGGAGUCAUUAUACAAGCAUCGUUAUCUGUUUCUUUUUCUUGGCUAACAUAAUUUAUCACCUGUGUAUCAUUUUCCAUUAUCGAAAGAAGCCCUGGGAUUUGUAUUUUAAUACUUCUGCUGAAAAUAAUGAAACAAACAUAGGGGGCAGGAAACGAAAAUGGUCAUGGGUCAAUAUAGUAGACCGUUCAAAGUUGAAAGAACAAGAAGCUAAGAUUUCCACUCCAGAAAAUAAUUUUGAAUCAAGUCUCUUAACUAUUAAUGGGGAUACAAAACAGAAAUCAUCAUGGGCCAAUAUAGUAGAUCGUUCAAAGUUGAAAGAACAAGAAGGUAGGAUUUCUACUCCAAACUCUUCAGAAAAAUAUUUUGACACUAGUUUCUCAACUGUUGGUGGAUCAGACAGCAUGUACCUUUCAUUUGAAGAACCUCAGGACUUGAUGUCUGUGUCUUACAAGUAUGAAGUUGGUGUUCUAGUUACUUCUUCCAGACUAUUUAUCAAGCCAUGUGGAUGCCAAGUUCUUGACUGGAAGUGCCGUCUGUGUCCAUUUAGAGUCUACCCAAUUGAAUAUUUUAAGUCCUGGUUUUGGUAUCCCAUUCAAUAUGCUCCAAAAGAGUGCAUGGAGUGUGGGGAAUCUUGCUUGGCUACUGAAGCGGAAUUCAGAAAAUUUGAUGCAAUCUCUUACCCACUUCAUCUCUGUGACUGUAAAUGCAGAUAUUGUGUGUACGCUGAUAAGUAUCCUUUAAAGCCACGCACCAAUCUGCUUCCCGAUGAUUGUCACUGUUUGUGUAUAUGUAGCAAGUGCCGAGUGAUCGAGGAAUUGAUACAAGGUCUGGAACCUCACGAAAAACUGGAAACUCCAGAUGAAGACUUAGAAACUUCAGCUUGGUGUGAUCUUUCUGAAGAAGAGAAGUAUUUUCAAGUUUGGUCUCCACCUCAAACUUGUAAUAAAAAAAGUUCUGUUGCUAUUUUAAAAAAUCUAGUGCAUCAAUUUUGUCCGCCAGGUGACACAUCUUAUUCAAGGAAUAGAGAUAGUAGAAUUUUACAGAUAAAUAAUGAGUUAUGGAAAUCAUUUGGAGUGAAUCCAUUAAAUUUAGUUAAAUGGACUUCUAAUCUUAGAAAAUGGAUUUCAACUACUAUUCUUAAUAGAAUUGUUGAAGAAAUGAACAGGAUUGAUGAUGACUUAAUAGCUCAAGGAUUGACAUUAGUAUCCAUAGGCAAUGUUGGUUAUGAAACUAUUAAAGCCACUGCUUUUUCAGAACUUAUAAGAAAAAAUGUUCCAUCUCUUUUGCUGUUAUUGCCAUAUCUUGAAAUUACUUCUAAUCAACAAUAUAUUAUGCAGAGAAUACGAGAGCUUGCAGAGGGCAGUACAAUGCGAGACUUUGAUGGUCAAAGUGGUGGAAAAUUUAAUGAUAUUCCUUGGGAUGCACAUUUACCUUCGGAUGCUGAGCUAAUAAUGCAUCUGAUGGUUACUUAUUUUGAUGCUAAGUUGCCACCUUUGAUUAGCGAACCAUUAAGAAGACCAUUUUCUACUCAAUACUUUGUUGAGUCACCAAAAAAGCCUACUCAAACAGAACUUGCGAUUUACCAACAAGGAAGUCGUCCUCCAUACUACCAGCUAAUAGUAAAUGGUGAAAUUCAUCAAUUACCUCCUGGUAGCAAUAAUGUGUUAUAUGCUUUGCUUCUGUUUAUUCAUUGCAUUAAAAUCAAUCAUGAUGGAAUGCUUGGAAGGAUCAAUCUUGGUCCUGCUGGACUUAAUAUGCUUUGGAUUGUGGAAGAUACAACAAGAAUAUAAAGGAUUUGUUAAUCUAGCAUAAUCUCUUUUUGUUUAUGUCCAUGUUAGUAAUAUUUUAGAUCUAACCAUUUCUAGAUCAAGAUUCUAUGUUUUUAUGAUUCUUUUUACUCAUUAAUCAUUGGUUUUGUUAUUUGAUUUUAUUAAUUUAUGAAUCAAUGUGAUUAUAGCAUUUAAAAAUGAUUGCUAUCUAUUUUUUAUUGUUUUAGUUUUUAGAAUUAUUGACAUUGAUGCCAAAGGUUUUUUUGAGUUAAAGUUAUUAAAUGAUAUAUAAUAAUUGUUCUUCUACAGAAAAAAAAUGUAUUUAUUUUUAUAACUGAUUAUCUGUAAUUUAUUUAUAUAAUAAAAUAAGUAUGUUUUUUUUUUAAAUCAUUAUAAAUAUGGAUAAUGCAUCAUAAAAUAUAUUGUGCAAAAUUAUGUACGCCAUGGUCGAAUGAGUACCCAAGUAUAUUUAUAAAGGUUACUUAUGUUUGAAAGUAAAAAAACAAAUAUAUAUUAAAAAGAUGUUAGUUUACAGCAAAAAAUAGUAAAAUGAUAAAACUUAAAUUAAUCAUUAAAUUAUAGCCUAUUUAAAAAUUACAUUGUUUAUUGUAAAAAAAAGUUCAAUUCUUCAAAUGAUAUGUAAAAAAAUAUCUUGAAUAAUAUGCGAUUUUUUAGAACCAUCUAGUUUUAAUUUUAUAAAUGUUUCUACUUAACUACUUUUUAAGUACUUAAAAUUUAUAAAAAUAAUUAUUAAUUUGUUAAUUUUAUUUCUUCAUCAUUAUAUUGAGAGGUUUUGUUUUUUAGUGAUCUAUUAUUAUAUCAGGCUAAUUUUUAUUGGUCAUUCAAAAUAUUUACAAUAGAAAUAUAAGAGUUUGACAAAUUACAAAAUUAUCCAGAAAUUUAAGAUAGUAGAUAGUUUUUAUUUUUAAUAUUUUUCAGAAACAAUUAUUGUUAUAAUAAAAAAAAUUAUUAUAUUCCAUAAUAUUUCUUGUAAUUUUUGGAUGUAUUUUUUUAUUAAUAAAUUAAUUAUAAAUGAUGUUGUUUUGAUUAUUAUAAAUGGUUAGGAUUCCUUUUAUUACCAUAAUUAUGAUUAUGAAAAAUAGUAAUGCUACUCACAUGCAUGAAGUUUUGAACCUUGAAAAGAUGACAUGCAAACCAAGAAAAGUUAAAUGAAAAAUAUUACUUGUUCAAUUAUAAAUAUAUUUAAUAAUAUUCUCAUAUUUAAUUGUAUUUAUCAAAUUAAAAAAUUAACAGAACUUUUUUAAGGUUUUGAAGGAAAAUCUAAUCUAAUCAAAACCUAAACAGUAUACAUGUUAGGCUUUGGAACCACUAACAAACCAACCGUAGCUUAUAUUUAAUUACUUUUUCAAUUCAAUUGAUUGUUUCAUUAGUUCAAUGUUUAGUUUGGUACUUAUCCAGUAGCAGGUAGCGUCAAAACCUCCCUUCUUAUCUAAUCUCAUUUCAGAUGACCUCCCUUAUCUCAUCUAACCUAAGUUAUUCUGUUGUUUAGUUUUUGUUUCUUGUGCCAGAUGUGAGUUUAUUUAAUUAUGGAUCUUGUCGCAUUGUGGGAAUUGCCAUCUUCAGAAGAAGAGGCUAUCAAAUAUUUUCAAGACGCCGGUAUAUUUGAUAAGGUGAAAUAUUGUAAUGAGGGUCAUAAAAUGAAGUUCGGCGGAAAGAUUAAGUGGAGAUGCUUUCGUAGGUGUAACCAAACCGUUUCUAUAAGGAAAGGAACAUGGUUAGAGGGGUCGAGGAUUUCUUUUUUAAUGGCUUUAAAAUUCAUUUAUGGGCGGUCCCAUAAUUUACCAAAAAUACAGUGGGGAAAAGGGCAGCUCAAACUAUCCAUCGGAACUUGCAAUGUUUUCGUAUGUUCGUAUUUCAUUAUGUUUGUUUUAUAUGUACAUGUUUAAGUAGUUUUUUAUUAUUUCAUCUUUUUUUGUCUAUUUUUAUUAUUUCAUUUAUUUUUAUAUAUAUGUUGCAAUGUUUUCUAAUUAUAUAUUUAUUAUGUUUUGGUCUAUUUUAAUAUAUACGUUGUAAAAUAAAAGCAUUUUGUUAUUAUUACAUUUGUUUCUGUUUUUGUUCACAAUUUCAAUAAUAUCAAACAAUACAAUAAAUAUGAACACGAACAUAUAAUAAUAUGAAUAUAAUACUAUAAAUAUUAAUAGGAAGAGCUUAUCAGUGUUAAGGUUAUAAACAUUGGCAGAUAGCAGUCCGAUGCUACCCGCUAUUAGAUAAGUACCUUUAGUUUUUAUCUUUUCAAUGUUAUAUUAAUUUACAAAAUCAUGGCAAGUAUGCACUCAUUUUAUUAUAUUCUAAUUAAUCAAUUUCUCCAUCUGAGACUUAGCUCAAAUUUUGUUCAUGGCUUUCAGGAAUGAUAGAUAUUCAAUAAAUAAUUAGGCAAUAAAAUAUAUGAUUUGUUAUUUAAACUAAGUUUAUAAAUAAAAUUCUGUUGAAAUUUAUUCCAAUGUGUGAAUUUUAUUUAUUUACUUUUAAAAUUUUAUUAAAAUGGUAUAUCAAAGAAUGCCACAGGAGUGAGCAAUCGUCAAAAUUAAUCUCCAUCAACAGAUAAAAAGACGACAAACAUGACUCUUAAGAGGAGAAUGUUACAAGACAUAGAAGGCAUGGCCGCUGGCUGCUUUUAUCUGGAGCUUAUAGGCAUAGCAACACAGUAUAUGUUGUAAAAAAAAAAAUUGUUAAUAAAAAAACUUUUCAAAUUAUGGUUUUUAUGCUGUAUUUUCUAGUUUCUUUUAUUUUUGGCAGUGGGUUGAGACCUCAUUCUUAGGAGUUAGGUAAAAAAAUUUAAAUCAUCUUCUAAUGUUGGCUGAAUACAAUUUUGUUGGUGUUAUUUUAAUUUUCUUACCAAUUUUUGUCUUACACAUGUUGUUCCAGAGAAUUGAUUUUUAGAAUGGUAUUAUACAUAGUUCCUUUCAGUUAUUGGGUCAACUCAAAUUAGCUUACCAAAAUCUACUCUCUAUUCUAUUAUGUAGGUAAAGAAUAAGUUUCUUCAUUAAAAAAUUGCAUCAUGUUUUUAUUGUAAAUUUUCCUUUUGGUUUUAUUAAAUGAAUUGUAUUCUAUGUGAUUCUUACAGUUUUCAUUUGCGAACCUUAACAACCUAAAAACUAUAUUAUUUAGAAAAACUUUACAAUUAAAAAAAUAAAAAUCUUUACAAUGUACAUAUGUAUGUACUUGUAUAUUAUUAUACUGUAUUAUAUAUAUUCCAAUAAACUGGAAUUUUUCAAAAAACUACCUACAUUACAUAAAAAAGUUUACAUAAAUUUACAUAAAUUACAUAAAAAGUUACAAAUUACAUAAAAAAGUUACAUAAAUUACAUAAAAAGUUACAAAUUACAUAAAAAAGUUACAUAAAUUACAUAAAAAAGUUAUAGUAGACAAGCUUUAUAUAUGGAGGCAUUACCAUGGUACUAAUUUACUUAGUUAAGAUAAUACUGAUGGUCAUAUUAUACUUUUAAAGAGGAUGCUUGACAUUUGAUCAAAUGCUUGAGGAAGUAAUUCAAGGGAGAGGAGGUAACAUUCACUAUUAAAAGUUUACCUCUUUAACUCACCAAUUUGUUUUGAGUAAUAAUUAAUUUCUGCAUCAAUAUGGUCAGAGAAAGUUAUUUAAUUUAGAUUUAAACUGGCACAAAAACUAAUUGCUAAUAUAGGUACAUUAUAUUUUGCAUUAAUGAUUCUUAUUUCUAGGAAAUUUGUUUUUAACCUGGAAAAACUUGGACAUUAUUUAAAAAAAUAAACCAGUUAUUCUGAUAUUAAUUUGAUUGACUUUGAUUAAUUCUAUACAUUUAUUUUCCUUAAACAGCUAGUAGUUAAUUUUUCUUUUAACAUUAUUUAGUCAUAACAAAUAAUAAUCUCAAAGUACAUUUUAAUUAAAAAACAACCACAAUCAUAAUUUUAAAACUGACAAAUAAGUUGAGAAUUUAUUGUUCCACUGGAACAAUUUAAAGUGAAUAACCAAACUUUUCUAACCAAACUAAUCCUUCUUUAGAGGAGUACAAUGGUUUGUAUUCCAAACCUAUCCAUCCUGCAUAGCCUUCUUGUUCUAUUACAUCUAAAAUAUAACUGUAAUCAAUUUCUCCUGGUGUUCCUGGCUCAUUCCUACCCGGAACCUGCGCUAUUUGAAUGUGGCCAACAUAUGGCAAUAGGCUUUUAAUAUUUUGAGUUAAGUUUCCUUCAAUGUGUUGAAGAUGGAAUAUAUCAAGCAGGAGUUUUAGAUUAGGGCUGUUAAUUUGCUUGAUUACAUCUAAUGCAUAUUCAUAAUUGUCAAGGAAAUAAUUAGGUACAGUUAUAGGAUUUAUAGGCUCUAUUACACCAAUUAUACCCUCUUUUUCUAGUAUUGGAACAAUACUUAUUAAAUUCUUCUCAAAAAUUAAAUUAUGUAAAGGAGUUUUAUCGGGUACUAAACCCGACAUAAUAUGAAUCAAGCUACACUUCAAUCCUUUUGCAUAUAGAAUGGAACGGUUGAAUGAUUCAACAAAUCUCUCAGUCUUAUCAGGCAAUGCAGCAAAGCCUAGUUCACCUUCCGACACAUUUCCAAUAGGAACAUUGAUCAAAACUUGUUGAAGUUCAGUAUGUUCCUUAAUUUCAACUAUCUCCUGCAAAGGGAAAUCAUAGGGGGAAGCACAUUCAAUUCCUGAAAAACCUGCUUCUUUAGCCAAUUGGUACCUUUCAAGCAAUGAAGCUGUUUCAUCAAACAUAAAUGAUAAAUUGGCACAAAAUUUUAAAACCAUGUUCACAAAUUAGUAUAUCACCGGCCAGGUUAUAACAAACAAAUGCAUGAGAUAGAGAAAACUAAGGUAAAAAAAGAUAUCAUUUACAAAUCGAUAAGUUAUCAUCAAAUAAAUACUUCAAACAAAGAGCAUAUAAUCUUUAAGAAGAUACAAAACAAAGUUACAGAUCAAAACCUGGAAUAUACAUAUAUUAAUCCUUAAGUACAGGUUCAGGUUCAUAGAUUAAUCCUUAAGUAGAGGAUACGAGUAUCUUCGGACAUUAGUUCCUAUUAGUGGUGGGGUGUUUAAUAACAAUUUGUUAAAUUUAAAUAGUUUCUUUCAUUAAACAGAUACAUUAAACUGUUUCAUCCGAGAUUAAACAGACACAAGGUAAUCGAAGAAG